GGUCCUGGGCGCGCCGGCCCCCCCGGAGGAAGGUGGACUGGGGCGGGCGGCCAGCCCGAGGGCUUCCUGCCAUUGUCCCCAGCCCGGUCUCCCCUUCUCCAUCCCUCCCAGCCCCCACAGACUCUGGCUGUGACCCCGGCCACUCCCCAGAGGUGGCUGCCGAGCCGGGAGCGGAGAAGGGCCCCUUCCUCGGCCCAGCAAGGGGAGGGGGCGGGCGCCGCUCAGGCCUCCCGCGGACUUCAGAUGGGGCUAGGGCGCUUCUGCUGAGAAGGCGGCUGGAUUCUGAGGGUUUUGCCAUGGGAGUGGUCGGCAUGCCCCCCAAAAUCUCCGGGUCACCCUUUUCCCCAAGACGGGUCCAGCAGUUCUAGGAGUUUCUGGCUGGGCCAGCCCCAGCCUCUUGCCGUCAUGCCUCUGGGCUGGAAUCACCAGCACCUUUGUCUCCAAGUUCAGUAUCAGCCCCCCAGGUACCCCACGCCCCCCAACCUCUCCCAGGCAGCGUCUCCACUGCCCUAGCCUCUGCAGACCUUGCCGCGUGCCCCUCAGUCUCUUUCCUCCUUCUGUCCCUUCAUCAGGUCAGAGGUCACCUGUCCCCCUCCAGCCCUUACGGGAGUCGCCACCCCAGGGCCAGCAUAUGGGUGAGGGGGCACCCCCUGGGGCCUGAGCUGCCCCGCACAGGAUGCCCCGUGCCCCCCACUUCAUGCCCUUGCUGCUGCUGCUUCUGCUGCUCUCACUUCCCCAUUCCCAGGCCGCCUUUCCUCAGGACCCCCUUCCUCUGCUGACCUCCGACCUGCAAGGUACUUCCCCAUCAUCCUGGUUCCGUGGCCUGGAGGACGAUACUGGGGUGGCAGAGCUUGGGCUGGACUUUCAGAGAUUCCUGACCUUGAACCAGACCUUGCUGGUGGCUGCCCGGGACCACGUCUUCUCCUUCGAUCUCCAAGCCCAAGAAGAAGGGGAGGGGCUGGUGCCCAACAAGUACCUGACAUGGCGGAGCCAGGAUGUGGAGAACUGCGCCGUGCGGGGGAAGCUGACGGACGAGUGCCACAACUAUAUCCGCGUCCUCGUUCCCUGGGACUCCCAGACGCUGCUCGCCUGUGGGACAAACUCCUUCAGCCCCGUGUGCCGCAGCUAUGGGAUCACUUCGCUGCAGCAGGAGGGGGAGGAGCUGAGUGGGCAGGCUCGAUGCCCCUUUGAUGCCACCCAGUCCAACGUGGCUGUCUUCGCAGAGGGCAGCCUGUACUCGGCCACCGCCGCAGACUUCCAGGCCAGCGACGCUGUGGUUUACAGGAGCCUCGGGCCACAGCCUCCACUCCGCUCCGCCAAGUACGACUCCAAGUGGCUCCGAGAGCCGCACUUUGUCCACGCCCUGGAGCAUGGGGACCACGUCUACUUCUUCUUCCGCGAGGUCUCUGUGGAGGACGUCCGGCUGGGGAGGGUGCAGUUCUCGCGGGUGGCCCGAGUGUGUAAGCGCGACAUGGGCGGCUCCCCGCGGGCCCUGGACCGCCACUGGACAUCCUUCCUGAAGCUGCGGCUCAACUGCUCCGUCCCCGGGGACUCCACCUUCUACUUCGACGUCUUGCAGGCCUUGACCGGGCCUGCGAACUUGCAUGGCCACGCUGCUCUCUUCGGGGUCUUCACCACCCAGACCAACAGCAUCCCCGGCUCUGCAGUCUGCGCCUUCUACCUGGAUGAUGUUGAGCGCGGGUUUGAGGGCAAGUUCAAGGAGCAGAGGAGUGUGGAUGGGGCCUGGACCCCGGUGUCCGAGGACAGGGUCCCCUCCCCCAGGCCAGGGUCGUGUGCCGGGGUCGGUGGAGCGGCCUCGUUCCCCUCCUCCCGAGACCUCCCUGACGACGUCCUGACCUUCAUCAAGGCCCACCCGCUGCUGGACCCUGCCGUGCCACCUGCUACCCACCAGCCUCUGCUCACCCUCACCAGCAGGGCCCUGCUGACCCAGGUAGCCGUGGACGGCGCGGCCGGUCGCUACGGGAACGCCACCGUGCUGUUCCUCGGCUCCAGCGACGGCACAGUGCUGAAGGUGCUGCCCCCCGGGGGGGAGCCUGGGGGCCAAGAGCCCGUCCUGUUGGAAGAGAUUGAUGCCUACAGCCCCUCCCGGUGCAGUGGGAGGCGGGCUCCCCAAACAGCUCGGCGAGUCAUCGGGCUGGAGCUGGACGCCCAGGGGCACAGGCUCUUUGUGGCUUUUUCUGGCUGCAUCAUCUACCUCCCCCUCAGCCGGUGCGCCCGACACGGGGCCUGCCGCAGGAGCUGCCUGGCUUCUCGGGACCCCUACUGUGGAUGGCACAGCUCCAGAGGCUGUGUGGACAUCAGGGGGCCUGGUGGGACGGAUAUGGAUCCAUCUGGGAACCAGGAGCCCACGGAACAGGGUGACUGCCAAGAUGGAUCCACGGGGAGUCAGUCUGGCACGGGGGACUCUGCUUACGUGCUUCUGGGUCCUGGCCCUUCCCCCGAGACCCCCAGCCCCCCCAGUGACGCCCACCCCGGGCCCCAGUCUUCCACUCUUGGAGCGCACACGCAGGGCGUGCGCCGGGACCUGCCCACAGCCUCCGCCGCCCGCUCCGUCCCCAUCCCGCUGCUCCUGGCCUGCGUGGCCGCCGCCUUCGCCCUGGGCGCCUCCGUCUCGGGCCUCCUGGUCUCCUGCGCCUGUCGCCGCGCGCACCGCCGUCGGGGCAAGGACGUGGAGGCGCCGGGCCUCCCGCGGCCUCUCUCCCUGCGCAGCCUGGCCCGGCUGCACGGCGCGGGCCCCGAGCCGGCGCCGCCGCCCAAGGACGCCGACGGGGCGCAGACGCCCCAGCUCUACACCACCUUCCUGCCGCCCCCCGACGCCGUGCCCCCGCCGGAGCUGGCCUGCCUGCCCACGCCGGAGUCCACGCCCGAGCUGCCGGCCAAGCACCUCCGCCGCGCCGGGGCGCCCUGGGAGUGGAACCAGAACGGGAACAACGCCAAGGAGGGCCCGGGGCGCGCGCGCGGCGGCAACGCGGCGGGCGGGCCCGCGCCGCGCGUGCUGGUGCGGCCGCCGCCGCCCGGCUGCCCGGGCCAGGCCGUGGAGGUGACCACCCUGGAGGAGCUGCUGCGCUACCUGCACGGCCCGCCGCCGCCGCGCGGGGGCCCCGAGCCCCCCGGGCCGCCCCCGUUCACCUCGCGGGCGCUCCCGCCCGAGCCCGCCCCCGCGCUCCUGGCGGGCGCCGGCCCGCUGCCCCGCGAGUGCGCCCCGCCCCUGCGGCUGGACGUGCCCCCCGAGGGCAGGUGCGCGGCCCCCGCCGCCCGGCCCGCGCUCUCGGCCCCCGCUCCCCGGCUCGGGGUCGGGGGGGGCCGGCGGCCGCCCUGCCCCGCGCCCCGCGCGCCCCCCGCCCUGCUCACGCGGGUCCCCUCGGGCGGCCCCGCCAGGUACUCGGGGGGCCCGGGGAGGCACCUCCUGUACCUGGGCCGGCCCGAGGGCUACCGGGGCCGCGCGCUGAAGAGAGUGGACGCCGAGAAGCCCCAGCUGCCCCCGAAGCCGCCCCCGGCCGGGCCCCCCUCGCCGCCGGCCGGGCCUGGCGGCGGCCACUUCAACUUCUAGGGGCGCCGCUCCCCGACCCCGUGGCCCGGCCCCCCGCUCCGGACUCUGGGAGUCGGGGCCGCGCCUCGGGUUAAUUUAUUGACCGUGGACUGUCUUCCCGCCGGGGGGCGCGGGAGCC